AUGCGUCUGUCAUACGUCUCCGACUCGGACCUACUCACUUCGACGUCCGAUAGGGCCGUCAUAGAUCGCAUCCGCCACCGACGCGGAGAUCUCGGCCUGGCGGCACUCGACCGUGCCCUCCUCCACGCAACGCCGUUAGCCGAUGGGUGGAACUCCUUUUUUGACGCCGUCCGAAAUCGCUGCUCUCUUCGUGGUGACUUGCGCGAGCUGGCCAUCUGCCGUGUCGCAGCUCUCAACCAGGCCUGGUACGAGUGGAACGCACAUGAACCUUUGGCCCUGCAAGAGGGCGUGAGUGAGAAGGGUGUGAAGGGUUUAGUGGUCUUGGAUGGGCCGGACGAAGAGAUCGGGGAGACUCGGGGCUAUGAAGCUGGGCUUACCAGAACACAGAUUGCCGUGAAGAAGUACACGGACGCCAUGACGAGAUUUGUGACUGUCCCGCAGGACAUUUUCGGUCAACUAUCACGUGUCGGACUUAAUGAGAGGGAGAUAAUCGAGUUAACGAUGACGAUCGCAGGGUACAACUGUGUCAGUCGAUUCCUCGUUGCCUUGGAUAUUGGAGAGCAGAAUGGGAAGGGACCUAUAUUAUAA